GGCCCGGCGGCGGCGGCGGGCGGCUAAAGGCAGGUGUCCCCGGGAGCGGCCGGGGCUGGCUCGGGGGUCCCGCGGCGGCCGGGGCCAUGCGGCGGGCGGCGGCCUGAGCGGGGCGGCCAUGGCCGGGGCGGCGGCGGCGGGCGGGGAGCGCCGGGCGGCGCUGACGGCGGUGCGGACCGAGGGCGCGGGGACCCCCGGCCCCGGCAGCGGGACCCCCCCGCCCCCGCCCCCGCCCCGCCGCCGGGGGCUGCUGGCGGGGCCGCGCCCCGGGGCCGCUCCCCGCCCCGCCGGGGCCCCGCGCUGCUGCCGCCGCCGCCUCCAGAACUGCCUGUACAACGUGCUGGAGCGGCCCCGCGGCUGGGCUUUCAUCUACCACGUCUUCAUAUUCCUGCUCGUCUUCAGCUGCCUGGUGCUGUCGGUCUUCUCCACCAUCCAGGAGCACCAGAAAUUGGCCAACGAGUGCCUCUUCAUCCUGGAGUUCGUGAUGAUCGUGGUGUUCGGCAUGGAGUACAUCAUCCGCGUGUGGGCCGCCGGCUGCUGCUGCCGCUACCGCGGCUGGCGCGGCCGCUUCCGCUUCGCCAGGAAACCUUUCUGUGUGAUAGAUUUCAUCGUCUUCAUCGCCUCGGUGGCCGUCAUCGCUGCGGGCACGCAGGGCAACAUCUUCGCCACGUCGGCGCUGCGCAGCAUGCGCUUCCUGCAGAUCCUGCGCAUGGUGCGCAUGGACCGCCGCGGCGGCACCUGGAAGCUGCUGGGCUCCGUGGUCUACGCCCACAGCAAGGAGCUCAUCACGGCCUGGUACAUCGGAUUCCUGGUGCUCAUCUUCGCCUCCUUCCUGGUGUACCUGGCCGAGAAGGACGCCAAUGUCCAGUUUGCCACCUACGCCGAUUCCCUGUGGUGGGGCACGGUGACGCUGACCACCAUCGGCUACGGGGACAAGGCGCCGCAGACGUGGCUGGGCCGGAUGCUGGCGGCCGGAUUUGCCCUGCUCGGCAUCUCCUUCUUCGCCCUGCCCGCCGGGAUCCUGGGCUCUGGAUUCGCCCUCAAAGUGCAGGAGCAGCACCGGCAGAAGCAUUUUGAGAAGAGGAGGACUCCGGCCGCCAACCUGAUCCAGGCUGCCUGGCGCCUGUACUCCACCGACGCCAGCCGGGGCUACCUGACGGCCACGUGGUGUUACUACGACAGCCUCCUGCCCGCCUUCAGAGAGCUGGUCCUUAUCUUUGAGCAUUUGCACCGGGUUCGCAACGGAGGAUUUAGGAAUUCAGAGGUGAAAAAAUGGCCCGACAGAGCCCCACCGCCCUAUCACUCCUUCACCCCUGCCCAGAAAAGCUUCAGCCUGGCCGUGUGCUCAGGGGAAAGCAACAAGAUGGGCCUGAAGGAGCGGAUGCGGCUGAGCAGCUCUCAGCGCCAGGGCAGCCGCGGGCGGCAGCAGCCCCUGGGGCCGCCCCUGCACCGCUCCCCCAGCACCGAGGACGUGGCCGAGGCCUCCAGCCCCACCAAGGUGCAGAAAAGCUGGAGCUUCAACGACCGCACGCGGUUCCGAGCAUCCCUGAGGCUCAAACCGCGGGCCCCUCCGGAGGCCGACUGCCCGCCGGAGGACAGCGGCGAGGAGAGGAGCUCCCCCUGCGAGCUGACCUUCGAGGACAUCAUGCCGGCGGUGAAGACCCUCAUCCGGGCCGUCAGGAUCCUGAAGUUCCUGGUGGCCAAGAGGAAGUUCAAGGAGACCUUGCGUCCCUACGAUGUCAAGGAUGUCAUCGAGCAGUACUCGGCGGGACACCUGGACAUGCUGGGCAGGAUCAAGAGCCUGCAGACGCGCGUGGAGCAGAUCGUGGGCAGGGAUCGGGCGCUCCCUGCGGACAGGAAGGUCCGGGAGAAGGGGGAGAAGCCGGCGCUGGAGGCGGAGCUGGUGGACGAGCUCAGCAUGAUGGGGCGGGUGGUCAAAGUGGAGCGGCAGGUGCAAUCCAUCGAGCACAAGCUGGACCUGCUGCUCGGGCUGUACUCGCAGUGCCUGCGCAAGGGCUCCACCAACUCCUUCAGCCUGGCCGCGCUGCGGGCGCCGCCCGCCGAGCCCGACAUCACCUCCGACUACCACAGCCCCGCCGAGCCCGAGGACAUCUCCGCGUCCGCGCAGACCCUCAGCAGCUCCAGGUCGGCCAGCGCCAACAUGGACUGAGCAGAAGGCGGCGGCACGGAGCCUGCCCGCCACGGGAUGGGGCACCGGGAGGGGCGCGGCGUUGUCUCCUCGCUGUCCCUCGCCGUGUCAUUUGGACCAAGUGCUCCUUUGCGGGGACACGGCUGCAGCGGGGUGCCUGUGGCACUGUGGCAUGGCCAGCCCACGCUCCUGGGGUGCUCCUGGGAUGCUCCUGGGAUAUUCCUGGGAGGUUCCUGAGGUGUUCCUGGGAUGUCCCUGGGAUGUUCCUGGGAUAUUCCUGGGAUGUCCCUGGGAUGUUCCUGGGAUAUUCCUGGGGUGUUCCUGGGGUUCUCCUGGGAUGUUCCUGGGAUGUUCCUGCGGUUCUCCUGGGAUGUUCCUGGGGUUCUCCUGGGAUGUUCCUGGCUUCCUGCAGGGUGACACCCCCCCAGCUCCGGGGUCCUGGGUGCUCCCCAGCUGCGGUGGGGAUGCUCCGGGCUGGCCCCUUCCCCUGGGGUUUGGUUUGAACCCCAGCCCUCAGGACAGGUCCUGCCUGGUCCCCCAAAGCUGAGCCGGGGCCACCACCAGCUAUGCAAGGUCCCAUCUCCCUCCUGCUGCCAGGGCAGGGGUGUGGGGGCACGAUCCAGGGUGGUUUACCCGCCUCACUUGGGGUCCCCAGUGGGGGGAACAGAGGGGACUGUCCCCCCUCACCAGGCUGCGCCUCUCCAGAAGCACAGCAGAGCCUCCUGCCUGCCCGUGCAUGCUCCCAGGGCAAUAUAUAUAUAGAAGAUAUAUAUAUAUUUAUUUAUGCAAUAAUGUCUUAAUAUGCAACACCCCUGGGAAGAGCAACCCGAGGGGACAUAGGCAAUAAGCAACCCCCUGCCAGCUCCCAGGGCUGGGCUGUGCUGCCCAGGAGGGCCCUGGAGGCCCUGAGGGGGGAAAUCCCCACCCCAGGGUGGCCCUGGAGCCAGGCAGCUGCGCAGGGGCUGUGGGGAUGGCAGGGGUGCAGGCUGUCCCCAAAGCGUCCCUCCCCUUUGUCCCAGCCCCUGCAUAGAGGAUUCCCUCCCGGCUGGCUCCUGCUGAGCUCGGUUUGUCCCUGCCCGUGUCCCUGUCCCCUCUGUGGUCCGGGGAGCACGGGCCGGGCCUGGAGGGGUCGUGCCUGGUGGGGACAGGGCGGUGUCCUUGCAUGUCACCUGCAGCAGAGCCCCGACCCCCUGCGCCACCCCCGCUCCCAGUCCCGGCGCUGCUUCCCAGUCCUGCAGCUCCGGGCUUGUGCCAGGCUGGGGCUGCAGGGGAGGCUCGGGGGUGACCCCCAGUGCCGGGGUCAGUCCCGGGCUGCUCCCCCCUCUCCAGGCUUCGGGCAGUGGGAUUCGCACCCCCCCUUUUCCCGUGCCUCCUCUCCGGGCAGCGGGGACCCCCACCCUGCUGCUUUCCUCGCCCCCUUAGUGCAUGUGGCCAGCGCGGGCCGUGCCGGAGCUGCCUGAGCCCCCCACCCCGCUCCUGCACCCCCCGGCCCCCUCCCCUCACCCCGGGGUGGGACACGAGGGGACAGCGCUGGGUGGUGGCCGUGGGGCGAGGUGCAUGUGACAGUUUUGCCCGCAGCCGCACGCAGGAAUUGACCCUUAGGACCCCCCUGCCGGGGCUGGCUGGUCCCCGCA